AUUUUAUUUUAUUCUUCUUCUUCUCAACUUUGAAUUCCUAUUCCAAAAACCCAAUACGGUAGACAGAAGAGACCCUUCAACUGAAGAAAAUCUUCAAUGUGUAUCUCUCUUAACGGCCCUCAGAAUUUCCAGGGAUUUAAGCAACCAAAAAAUUAGCUUGAAACUCAGUAGCUCAUAUGUGCUUUUCUCCUCUUAUUUUUUGGCUAAAAAAUUCCUUAUCUGUCUCCUUAAUUAGGUUAAACUUCAACUUCUGAUGUUAAUAUGAGAAUUUUCGGCAUCUUUUCUGAGUUUUAAACGGGUGAAAAGUCUAUUCUUGCAUGCAAUUUUCAACGUUAAAAUUAGAGUUUUCAUCAACGCUUGUGUUUCCUGCUCUGUUUUUGCUUCAGAAUGAAUAAACUCUUUCUUGGGUUAAAUUGGUGGCUUCCCUGAGGGAUUUUGUUGAGAAAUAAGCGUCUGGGUUUGGUUAAUAUGGCUUCUGUUGAUGGAUUUCUCUUUCAGAAAUUGUUUCUCUGUAAUGGCUUUUUCUGGGUCUCUGUCUCCUCUCUGUUUCUCACUCUGUUUGCUCUCCUCUACAAGUUCUAUUGCAGAGUUGGGAGAGAAGCAAGUUCUGACGAAAACAACUUAAAUUGCUUGGCGGUUUCCCUUCAUGAAAGCAAUCAAGUUGAUUCUUGUCUUCUAAAUUCAGAAGCUGAAAUUGAAGAAAGAAAAUCUGAUUCUAUUGAGUUUGAGGAUACAGAGAAUGAUGAAGAAGAGACUCCAAAGUACUUUCUCAAUUUCAAGUUUCAAUCUUUGGAAGAAUUUUGUAAAAGUAAUCAUGAAAAUUGGGACUUAGUUCCAUCCACAAGCACUAAUAAGUAUGAGUUCAAGUCUGAGAAUUAUUUAAGUGGGUUCAUUGAGGAGCCAAGAGAUGUGAGCUUUAGUGUAAAAGAGCUGUAUGCUGAUUCAAUGAAUGUUUCUUCUGGAAAUCAGGAGGUUAUGGCUGAUGAAUUUUUGUUAGAGAGUGAUUUUAUGGAUCAAAAUUUGGGAGAAGGAACUGUUGAUGAAGAAGGAGAGGUUGCAGAGAAGCUAGAAUUGGCAACAUUGAUUGAAGAUGAGAAGCAGAAGCCAAAGGAUGAAGAAGGUUUAGGAGAUGUUGUGUUUCUUUCAGAAAAUGACUUGGUAGCGUCGGACUCUGAUGCGGAUUCGAUAACUUCGAGCAAUGAAUUAUCUGUUUUGAGUCCAUAUAUUGGCUCAACUAGUGAUGGAUUUUUGUCUGAUAAAGAUUUUGAAGAGGAGUUUGAGUUUAGUAUCAUGAGGAGCAUCGAGAGGGAUUUGGAAGACUUGCAUUUGCAGAAAUUCAGCGAUGACGCUGCUGAGGAUGCUGAUGAUGAAGAUAGUGAUAUAAUGGAGGAGCUUAAACAUUUAGAAGAGUCUGAUGAUGUAGAGAAUUCAAGCACUCAAGGCUCAGAAAUGCUGUCUGGGAAAGAUUUUCACGACGAAAACGAUUCAAAGAAUCAUGAAUUCAGUGGCAAAAAGAAUCAAGCAACAAGUAGUUUGAAUGAGGCGAAUAACUCCAAUUUGCAGAAUUCAUCUGCUUCUGUGGAUUCUGAGGAUUCAAAUGGACUUGAAACCUUGUGGGAGCACCAAGAUUUGAUAGAGCAGCUGAAAAUGGAGCUUAAAAAGGUGAGGGCUAUAGGGCUACCCACCAUCCUAGAAGAGUCUGAAUCUCCCAAAAUAAUGGAAGAUUUAAAGCCUUGGAAGAUCGAUGAGAAGUUCCAGCAUGAAGAUCGAAUGGGCGAGCUUCACAAAUUCUAUCGGAGCUACAGGGAACGGAUGCGAAAAUUUGACAUUUUGAAUUACCAGAAGAUGUAUGCAAUAGGCUUUCUCCAAUCUAAGGACCCACUUAAAUCGAUUUCGAGCCUCAAACUGUCAGCUCCAGGAGUGUCAUCUCUUUUGUCGCAGAAUUUCCUCUUGGGAAAGCGGAGAAAGUCUGAAUCUGACCCAAUGAAGAAGUUUAUUAGAGAGUUGCAUAGUGAUCUAGAAGUGGUAUAUGUUGGACAACUGUGCCUCUCUUGGGAAUUCCUUCAUUGGCAAUAUGAAAAGUCCUUGGAGUUAUGGGAAUCUGACCCUUACAGCACACGUAAGUACAACGAAGUUGCUGGUGAAUUUCAACAGUUUCAAGUACUAAUACAAAGAUUCAUAGAAAACGAACCCUUUGAAGGUCCAAGAGUGCAGAAUUAUAUCAAAAAUCGAUGCAUUCUCCGUAAUCUUCUCCAGGUUCCAGUAAUAAGAGAGGACAGCAAAAAGGAUAAGAAAGCAAAAAUGAAACGGAGAGACGAGUAUGUAAUCACCAGUGACAUGCUAGUUGAGACCAUGGAAGAAUCGAUUAGAAUAUUUUGGCGAUUCGUUCGAGCCGAUAAAGACGCAAAUGUUGUAAGACCAAAGAUUAGAAGGAGAACUCAGGUUGAGCCACAAGAAACCUUAGACUUGGAGCUUUUGUCAGAGGUUAGAACUAGUCUUCAGAAGGUAAUAUAUAUACAUAUAUUUUUUUUAACUGAACUACAUAUGUUUGUAAUAAAAUGUUAUAUGAUUUUGUUCGAGUUCAUUUUUUUUUCACUUGAAAUGCAGAAGGAAAAGAAGCUCAAAGACAUACUGAGAAGUGGGAACUGCAUAUUGAGAAAAUUUCAGAAGCAAGAAGAUAGUUCAGAUCAAGUUCUUUACUUCUUUUCACAAGUCGACAUGAAGCUUGUGGCAAGAGUUUUGAACAUGUCGAAGAUCACGACCGAUCAAUUGCUAUGGUGUCGAAAUAAAUUGAGCAAGAUUAAUUUUGUUAGUAGAAAGAUACAAGUAGAACCUUCAUUCUUGCUUUUUCCUUGUUAGUAUGAAUUCAUGUAGCUCUUUCAAUGUAUAUUAUAAAAGGAUUUGUUUGAGGAAA